AUGGGGCCAGCAGGGAGUUCGGGGACAAAACGCAUAACAUCAUACGCCGAUGUUGUGCGUGGUCACAAGAGGGUUGACCAGGAGUCCAAAUCUACCGAGGAGAUUGCAACCGUGGCUGCGCGGAAAUGUGCGGUUGCUCCGACAAAUGGGGCGAGCACAGAGCAGAAUACAGCUAAGAAGAUAUCCCCGAAGAAGGGCGCAAGAUCAACCCAAAAGAAAGGCCACAAGCAAAGCCCCACAGGCGCUCACCAGAGGGCGUCCCAGACCGGACAGGCAGCGGGGGAUUCGCAUCAUAAAUCCUCGCCCAGGGCUCGGACCGCAAAGAAAUCCGCCAAGUCACCAUUUUCAUAUGCCGAGGUCGUGAAGGGCAAACCAUCACCGGCGACGCUCCAAAGCAACCAAACCAAGAAUGCAGAGGCAAAGGGGGGGGUCCAAGCGGCCGUUGGUUCUCCGGCCCACACCGGAGUUUCUCUGCAUGUUGACUUGGGCCUUGAGGAUAUCGACAAGCCUGGAGAUGGCCAUGACAUAUGUCCAAGAACUUGGCCUGGAAAGAAUAAUGAGCCUUGGCGGCUGUAUCGAUCUGCACACUUCCUGGGCGAACCCUUCCAUAUGGAUAUGACAACGGGGGGACUAGGCGACGGCCACAACCUGAUCACGUUUUUGCACAGACAAAAAGGGGGCGAGUCACGGGGUGUCGAGUCACAGAACCUCCUCGAAUUGCUGUAUGGGCAGCCAUUCCACCACUUCUCGGCAGGAGAUGUUUCCUCUACUCUUCCUUCUUCACUCUUACCUUCGACGACACCUUUCUCCACGCCAUUACUCACACUCCUUCAAAUUCUAGACCAAGCUUCUGCGGAUUCAAAAAUGCCUCAAGCUAGAGACGAUAUUGAUACGCGAAUUGCCGGCAUCCUCCGGGAUAUCGACAGGCUGCCUAAUGGCGAGCACCCCGAUGCGGCUGUUAGCCGCAUCCUCAACGACUCUACCAGAGCUCGGCUCUCCGAAGGUGACGAUUUGGAUAGACAUAUUAGUUAUAUCGUCGACAAUACCGAGCGGGAAAGGAGACGACGUCUGGUGAUUGAAUCCCAUAACCGGGGCGAGAUAUCGCUCUGGGCAACACCACGGGAAUGGGAUGUACGAGUCAAUUGCGGAAGCUGGAACUGGAGGUUCCACCGCGUGAUUCUCUGCGAAAAUUCGACCUUCUUCAAAGACCGAUUGCCACCCAGGAAUCCCCUUGUCAGCGCCUUGCAUUACAUGUAUCACGAUGACUGGCUCAGGGAGAAAAUGACCCUCCGUUACGCUUUGGUCGGCCCCGCUAUCCGUGCGGCCACCUUCGUCUACAUCGCGGGCGCCUCGAUCGGGUUCGAACGCAUGAUGGUAAACGCGCUAUCGGCGCUCCACGAAAUUGCCCUGCAACUGGUCCUGUUCUUCCGGAACACCCCGCUCCACACCGUGAUGGAGCUAGACAUGACGGGCUUGUACGAGCCGCUGAGACUCGCGCUGAACAUGUGCUACGACCAGGAGGAUGGAGGGGUGUCGCUACUGCCGCUGCGGGCGUCGCUGGCGCAUCUGGUGGACGGGCUGAUGUUGUGGCUGGUCCUUGACCAGGGGUUCCGGAACGUGCUGGUCGCGCCGUGGUCGGAGAGGUUGUGGGCCAACAUCAAGAGGGAGGGUCGGCACUUUUCGGACCUUGGGAUAUUGGACGACAUGUGGGGGAUAAUGAAUGACGUCCUUGCCGCCCGCCAGGCGAGGGGACUCCGGCCUUUGGAGACGUGGCCUCCCGAUAACCCCCCGGACACGGGGCCGGCCGGAGCCGGUGGGGGGAACGACACGACGUCGCCCCCGGCGCAGACUGCGCCAAACGCCCAGCCAUACGGUUGGUUGUCGGACGGGGCCCGGCCCACAUUGGCCCGGUGGGAGGAAGCGUUUCAGAACCGGAGCCUGAGGCAAUUGGUGAACCUGGGGUCGAGCCACUCGGAAGACCCGGGGACCGCCGGAGGAUUGAGGUUCUCAGUCCUCCUGACACACCCGCCACCCCCACAACCGCCGCCUUCCUCAUAA